UGUCCUACCUUACAGGAUUUUAUUUGGAGAUAAAAUGAGGAUAAAAUUCCCUGAAUGCUACUUCAACUCCUACAGUACAGUAAGACUAUUAAUAACAUAUGUAGAAAUAAAUGACAUUUGAAUAUUUAGUUACUCAUCAUGGAAUUUUUAUAACUGGAGAAGAAGCAUAUCAACACAAUCCACUAGUCUGGCAUAAUUCUUCUUCCAAGAUGAAGAAAUAAUAACUGAUAUUUGACCUUGUUUACAAGGCUAACUUCAAUGAUAAUCCAAUCUAUUUUGCUGCUUGAGGCAGAGCAUAAUACCCUACGUCAAUCAAAUUAUUUUAGCAUCUGUGCUUCAGAAGAGCCUUUCCCUGUUUCUGGCAGCAGCAUAUAAUGGUAAACAUAAUUAUUUGGUGCCACUUCAUAACAUCUAUAAUAUGGAGCAUGAAACAACUGUAUUAUGAUUCAGAUUGUGUGAAGAUGAAUAGGAAAGUGCAGCAAGCAUGACAUCUCUGGCCAACAUCGUUCCUUCCCCACAGUCUGAGUGGGUCUCCUUCAGUGACGGACUUCACCGUUCUGUUACUUCCCAAGGUUAUACUAGGAAGCCAGUUGAGAGAUUUCUUUCCUCCUCUGAUACUUCCUCUGAAGGCAACCAAAAUCUAGAUGGAGAACUGCCAAGUCUUUCACAUGCUGAAUUGGGAGAAAGAAUAAACAAAACAGCUGUAGGCCUUGAUCUGUCUUCAUCCUUCAGCACUUGGGUCCAGUUUGAAGAUGCACCCUGGACCAACAGUUCACCAGAGCAUCCACGUACAGCCUCAUCUCCAAAAAUAUUUUGUUGGAUGUGUCCCUCCUUGGAAUAUUCAGAGAGACAACCUCUUACUUCAGAGAGCAGUUGGACAACUACUUCAGAGAACAGUAGCAGCCCAAGUAUCACCCCUUCCUACACUGAUCUUCAAUCAAUAAAUACGGAGGAUUUGACUAGUGGAAGAGCAUCUGCUGCAGACUCAACUGGUAAGCGACAUAUUUAUUUAUUUUAUUUUAUAUUUUAUUUUAUUUUAUUUUAUUAA